AUGCCGAAAGGAGGACACCAUGACAAGAAGUCCGAAGACAAGAGAGCCCACGACCGGAAGAAAAAUCAUCAUGACAAGAAGUCUGACGAUAAGAAAGCUCACGACAAAAAGAAAAUCGAUGUCAACGAUUCUCGCCGCAAGAGGACUCGUGCUCUUCAUCUCUCAUACCUGGAUGGCCAUGAUCCUGGCAACACCAACCAUCCACAGUUCCUCGAUGAACUGCCCGAAACUAAGCCACACCGGUACCGCCCCAAAGAGCUCAGCUACUUGUUGUUUCAGAAUGCCAGCAAGCGCCAUAUCUCCCAACUCUCGGCCACCGCACAACAUAGAUUGAAAAUGCCAGUUAGGAUAUGCGACGCCAAGUCUGACGCCCAGAAGCUCGUCAAGGAAUGGUUCCCAAUCCUGGAUGAGAUCUUUUUCUUCAGCACAGUUGGUCCACAUUUGAUGAACGGGAUUCAUGUCUAUAACGACCCGACCCCCGAAACGAAUAAGAGCGUAUACGACAGCGCCAAAUCGUGGAUCGAGGUCAACGUCGGGCAUGAGCUUGGCCACCGGCGCUGCGAGCGCCAGUUUCUUGCUACCCUGCUCCACGAGAUGGUGCAUGCAUUCCUCGGGACCUUCUCAUGUGGGAAGAAGUGCUGUCAAGAUAACGCCAAGGAAGUCAAAGGGCAUGGAUCAGUCUGGUGCAACGCUAUGGUCAAGGUAAAGACUAAAUUCGAACAGCUGGUUGGCUGGGAAGCAGACUUCAACAUUGCGAGCUCCGUGAUGUUGGAGAUGGAAGAGAGCAGCUGGCAACCAAGAAAAGACCAGCUGGUUCGAUGGGGUCUCUCAAAAACAACAGUGUUCAAUGAAAAGCUGGGUAGAGACGUUGGCUUCAUACGAUCGGAAUGGUCUGGCGUCGAUGAGGAAAGAUCCGAUGACGAGAGAGAGUCCGGUGAUGAGGAAGAGUCCGGUGAUGAGGAAGAGUCCGGUGAUGAGGAAGAGUCCGGUGAUGAGGAAGAGUCCGGUGAUGAGGAAGAGUCCGGUGAUGAGGAAGAGUCCGGUGAUGAGGAAGAGUCCGGUGAUGAGGAAGAGUCCGGUGAUGAGGGAAAGUCUGAAAAUGGAGAUAUAAGCCAUCAAACGCCCUCAGGAAGGAAAGGGCAUCGUCACAAGUCCUCCCACCAGAGGAAGAAGCACCACAAGUCCUCUCACGCACAGUUCUUGGAUAAGCUCCCCAAUCCAAAAAAGCACCGCUUCCAUCCCCGAGAACUCAGCAACAUCCUCCAGCAGAAUGCCAUCAAAGUAUCAUUCUCGCGGCUCCCUGCAAAAGCCCAGCGUCUUUUCGAAAAGUCCGUCCCUAGCUGCCAUUCGACCAGUGAAGUUUGCCACCUAAUGAAAAAGUGGUUCCGCGUACUUGAUGAAGUAUUCUUCUUUGGCAAAAUCCGCACACACCUAAAGGGCGGACUCACCGUGUACAACAAAGACUAUAAACGCUUCUAUGGAAAAUUUGAUCCGAACAAACGCAGGAUCGAGAUCAAUAACGUUGCGCACGGCGACGGAGAGGGGCGACGUUCGCACCAACUCAUCUCCACUCUAAUCCACGAGAUGGUGCACGCAUUUCUUGGCAUCUACACUUGCAGAAAGAUAUGCUGUUGGAGAAAGUUCUUCACGGAUAUUGAUAGGUUGUUCUGUGGGGGUGGACAUGGACCUGCUUGGUGCGAUGCUAUGAUCAAGAUCGAGACCAAACUUGGGGAGUUGGUCGGCUGGUCUGUGGAUACUGGCAUAGAUGUAGCAGUCAUGAUGGAGAUGCAGAAUGAGCGUUUAGAGUGGCAGCCCACCAGAGAGCAGUUUGUGCGAUGGGAAUUACAGGGAGAAACGACGGCCAACGCAAUGUUUGGGGAUGAGGAAACGGGCUUCGUGAGGAAAGAGUGGCCCGAUUCUCGCCAUGACCACCGACACCACCACCACCACUACGAGGACAGUGAAUACGACAGUAAUAAUAGCAGUGAUGAUAGCCAAGAUCAGGACCAACAGUGGGUACUCUGUUCUGUCAUCCGGACAUUUUCUAACGGUAAGACUCAUCACGAUGGGGAAGGGAAAACAUCACCACAAAAGUCUAAGGAUAAGAAGAGCCUUGAUAAGAAGUCAGCUUCUAAGGAUAAGAAAUAUGACACCAAGAAACGUCUUCCCGACCACCUAUUAUACUUGAAAGUUCACGAUUCCGGUGUCUCGGAUCAUCCAAAGUUCUUACGCGAGCUUCCCAAUACUAAGCCCAACCGCUACAAUUCUAAAGAGAUUAGUUACCUCCUCCAACAAAAUGCCGAAAAAGGAGACGCCUCUCAGCUCUCUACUGCGGCUCAGAUCAGAGUUAAGAUCCCUGUCCGCCUGUGCGAGAACGAGGCCGAGGCGCAGAAGCUCGUCAAAGAAUGGUUUCCUGUGCUGGAUGAGAUAUUCUUCUUCGAUAAAGCACACUCAGUCCUAAAGGGAGGAAUAACACUGUAUUCCGACAACGAGGAGAAUAUUCAUGGCGAUUUUUCUAAAGAUAAGAGCGAUAUUGAGAUCAACUUGGCGUAUCUACUUGGCAGAUCAGGGUACUUGCAACCCCAAGGGGGCGAGCAACGGAUCGUCUGCACUCUGCUCCAUGAGAUGUUGCAUGCCUUCCUCCAUUUCUAUGCCUGCAGAAAGAAGUGCUGUGAGAAAAGAGUCUUUUUCCCUGAGAGCGGACAUGGAGUUACUGGACACGGAAAACUUUGGUGUGACGCGAUGGUAAAGAUGUACGCCUCCCUCGAUAGGUUGGUGGAGUGGCCUGUUUGGUGUGAUAUCGGGUCGUCAGUUAUGAAUGAAAUGCAGAACGGUGGGACGAAUGGGCAGCCAACGGAAGAGCAGCUAGCUCGAUGGGGGCUUUCUGGGCAGACAAUUCCCAACUUGAGGGGGAAGAGAUGA